GGGAUGGUGGACAGCAUCUACCGGACGCGCUCGCUGGGGGUGGCGGCCGAGGGGCUGCCGGACCAGUACGCGGACGGGCGGGCGGCGCGGGUCUGGCAGCUCUACAUCGGGGACACGCGGGGCCGCACGGCCGAGUACCGCAGCUGGCUCCUGGCGCUGCUCCGCCGCCACCGCUGCCGCGCCGUGCUCGACGUGGCCUGCGGCACCGGGGUGGACUCCAUCAUGCUGGUGGAGGACGGGUUCAGCGUGACCAGCGUUGAUGCCAGUGACAAGAUGCUCAAGUACGCCCUGAAGGAGCGAUGGAACCGGCGGAAAGAAGAGGCAUUUGACAAGUGGGUCAUUGAGGAGGCCAACUGGCUCACUCUGGACAAGGACCUGCAGAAGCCGGGAGACGGGUUUGAUGCUGUCAUCUGCCUGGGAAACUCCUUUGCGCAUCUGCCUGAUUUCAAAGGUGAUCAGAGCGACCAUAAACUGGCCCUUAAGAACAUUGCGAGCAUGGUGCGACCGGGUGGUCUCAUGGUCAUCGACCAUCGCAACUACGACUACAUCCUGGCCACGGGCUGCGCCCCACCUGGCAAGAACAUCUACUACAAGAGUGACCUGACAAAGGACAUCACCACAUCCGUGCUGCUAGUGAACAACAAAGCUCACAUGGUGACCCUGGACUACACCCUGCAGGUCCCAGCACAGGAGCCAGAGGAAGCCCCGGAACUGAGCAAAUUUCGUCUCUCCUACUACCCUCACCGCCUGGAGGCCUUCACGGAGCUGCUGAAGAACGCCUUCCAGGGUCAGUGCCAGCACAGCGUCCUGGGCGACUUCCAGCCUUACCAGCCCGGCCAGGCCUACACCCCCUGCUACUUCAUCCAUGUGGUGAAAAAGACAGGCUGAAGCGCUGCCAGGGGCUCCCUGGCGUUGCUGGUUGGACUGCGCCCCUGGCCGCGUGGAUGGAACGCUUCUCCAUCUUCCUGUCUGAAUGGC